CUACAAGGUUGUUCUAAUCUCUCUAAGCGACUUGCAGCAGAUCAGAGAGAGAUGGAGAAGAAGAGAAGUAGCCAUGCUUCUCUUUUAGUGUACACACUUCUCACUUGCUUGAUUUCUCAGAACCUUAUAAUCCCUGUGAUAUCCACCACCAUUGAAGGCCAGAAAAACCACUACUUUCCACACCCUCAUUCAGGAAGUCCUCCCGCAAGUCUCUCUAGUUCUCUGUGCUCACACAGGAGGUCACCAUGUCAUGGUUCUGGAGGUGGCCAUCAUGGAGGCUCGUCACCUUCUCAUCAUGGAACCCCAUCACACGGCGGAGGUGGAAGUUGUAACCCAAGCCCUUCGCCACCCUCCAGCGGGAACUGUGACGGUGGAUCACCCCCAUAUGAACCUUCUCCGACGACCCCAACAACGCCGUCAACACCGUCAACUCCGUCAACCCCGUCAACCCCAACCACACCAUCAAACCCACCAUCAGGAGGCGGUGGUUACUAUAACUCACCACCACCAACACCAUCUUAUGACGGCAAUAGUCCCCCAACGCCAUCUUAUGACGGCAAUAGCCCCCCAACACCAUCUUCCGACGGUAGUAGUCCCCCAUCGCCAUCUUGCGACGGUAAUAGCCCCCCAACACCAUCAGGAGGCGGGGGUUACUAUAACUCACCACCACCAUCCCCAACUUACGACGGCAAUAGCCCCCCAACGCCAUCCUACGAUGGUAAUAGCCCCCCAACACCAUCCUACGACGGCAAUAGCCCCUCAACACCACCCUACGAUGGUAAUAGCCCCCCAACACCAUCAGGAGGCGGUGGUUACUAUAACUCACCACCACCAUCCCCAACUUACGACGGCAAUAGCCCCCCAACACCAUCCAACGACGGCAAUAGCCCCCCAACACCAUCUUCCGACGGUAGUAGUCCCCCAUCGCCAUCUUGCGACGGUAAUAGCCCCCCGACACCAUCAGGAGGCGGUGGUUACUAUAACUCACCACCACCAUCCCCAACUUACGACGGUAAUAGCCCCCCAACACCAUCCAACGAUGGCAAUAGCCCCCCAACACCAUCCUACGACGGUAAUAGCCCCCCAACACCGUCAGGAGGCGGUGGUUACUAUAACUCACCACCAACAACACCAUCUUACGGAGGAAACAGCCCUCCAACUCCGAUCAGUGUGAGCCCACCAACCACCCCAAUUGAUCCAGGCACACCACCUUAUCUUCCCUCGCCUUCUCCCUUCACUGGCACCUGCAACUACUGGAGGAACCACCCAGGAAUCAUAUGGGGAUUGCUAGGAUGGUGGGGAACCUUAGGAAGUGCGUUCGGAGUUACUAACGUUCCAGGGUUGGGAACCAGUCUGAGUUUGCCAGAAUCACUUUCCAACACAAGAAAUGAUGGGUUUGGAGCUCUUUACAGAGAAGGCACAGCUUCUUUCCUUAACUCCUUGGUGAACAACAAGUUCCCUUACACAACCAAACAAGUAAGGGACAGAUUUGCAGCUUCACUUAGCUCAAACAAGGCUGCCGCAGCACAAGCUCAACUUUUCAGAAUGGCUAACGAGGGACGGAUGAAGCCACGUGUCUGAUUGAGAUAGUGAUAUCUGUCUGUCAGUUUAUUCAGUUGAUGUCAUUACAUCUUAGUAUUCAGCUUUAGUGUAUGUGUGGGCUAUAUAUUUAUGUUAUUAUUAUGUGUCACUUUAGAUUGAUGAGACAUGGAUAUUAUUAUGUUACUUUGCUAUUUUAUGUUAGCUUACCAUUUAUUAAUACUACCUUCAUGGUUUCUUAGUUU